AUCUCUCUAGGGCAAGGUGACUUAUCAAUAUACUGACCUGUAUUUACUCCCCCAAAAAUGAAAUGAUAAUUAGCUGAUAAUGUGGCAAUCAUAAAGACCUACAAAUGCCAUGAUGAUUUGGACGAGACUGCUGAAUUGAGGUAAAGGUAAGAAUCGCUGGAUUAACUAUCUAAUGUUAGCUAAAUUUAGUAAUGAAUAAAUUGGCUAAAUUCCUUUUAAAUGGGCAAUUCUGUAAACUGUCUUGUGCCCGUUUUAAAUUGACACAAUGCCUGUUAGCAAAGGUGUCAGCGAGAGAUGACGUGCAGGAGCUUGCAGUGAUUUGUAGUCUUGUAUGAUGUCUACUUAGACUCUAAUUAGCUUUUUAAAAUCUAAGAGUAAAUAGAGCUGAGCUGAGCUUGGCCUCUAAGACCCUCACAAACUUCUACAAAUGCACCAUUGAGAGCAUCCUGUCAGGCUUUAUAACCGCCUGGUGCAGAAACGGCACUGUCCGCAACACAGCCCAACGCAUUGCCGGGGGCUCAUUGCCUGCCCUCCAGGACAGUUACAGCACCCGGUGUCACAGGAAGAUCAUCAAGGACCACAGCCAUCCGAGCUACGGCCUGUUCACUCCAGUACCAUCUAGAAGGCGAGACUGAGAAACAGCUUUUAUCUCCAGGCCAUCAGACUGUUGAACAGUCACCACUAGCCUUAGUCACUAUUCUAGCCGGCUACCACCCGAUACUUUACCCUGCACCUUACUGCCUUGUGUACAUAGUUAUUGAACACUGGUUACUUUAAUAAAGUUUGCAUACUGUUUUACCAACUUUAGGUGUAUAUACUGUAUUCUAUAUAACUACUGCUGUACGCACCUUUUCUAUCCAUAUACUGUCCAUACUGUCUUUUCACACCAUUAUAUUUAUGUACAUUAUAUAUUUUUAUUUUCUGUUCUGACUUUGCUCAUUAUGAUGUUUCUCAAUUUUCUGGAUUAUGUGUGUACUUAUUUAUUUGUAUUUCUAGAUAUUUCUGCACUGUUGGGGCUAGAAACACAAGCCUUUUCUGCACCUGCUAUAACAUCUCUGUACCUGACCAAUAAACUUUGAUUUGAGCUGCUCAAAGUGACAACCAUUUGAGAGCUGCGCGCUCUUGCUCCCCAUCGGAUUAUUCCGCUCAAACUAGGCUGAAGCGGGCCACUGAUGUGGAUGAUUUACUCGCCUGGAGGGUUUCCAAAACCUCCCCUGGCCAGCGGGCAGCCCUGCAUAUUUCACACUGAUUUGUGAAGGAAGAGGAGACCAUGUGGAAGUCACAUGAACAACAAGGAUGAGACAAAAACAACUGGGAGUUAACUUGUUGAGGAGAGGACUGCUGCCGCCCAACUUCUCCCUCCAACUGGGGAUUUGCUGCUUGUCCCACCCUCCACCCAAACAUAUGCAAUGAACAGCACUACUCAGCCCCCUGCCAUCAUAGACGGGGAUGUGGCAGUCAGUUCCGUGUUGGUACCAUUCUUCCUCAUCACCUUUAUCGGGAUAGCUGCAGCUGUGGUGAUGUAUGUGCGCAGGAAGAGAAGAAUUGACAGGCUCCGGCACCAGUUGCUUCCAGUCUAUACCUACGACCCCUCAGAAGAAUUACAUGAAGUUGAACAGGAAAUGCUGUGGAAAGAGGAAGAUACUAAGGUGGUGAAGGGUUGGGCACGGUCCUACCAGCAGCAACGUCCCCUGUUGAUGAAAGAUGCCCAUGCAUGAGUGUGUUGGAGCAGGACAUCGAUCUGUGCCAUCCUACAGAUCAGUGGAGUUAACCCUUGAGAUGCCAGAUUUGUCAAUCAUUAAACAUAAAGUUUUUUUUAGGAAAAGCAUGAUAAAUGGGAACAGCCUGUCAUAACUUUGCAUCAUCAUCUUUGUCAUUAUCAUCCAUCAGUCAUCACCAUCUCUGUUGGAGCAUUUACUUUGUACAGCGUCAGCCUCUAAGCUAAGGGGAGGUUGGUUAUUAUGUGAACCUCUGAAGCCAUGCCCGUUUUCACGAAAGCCAUACCCUAAACCACGACAUGUUGGCUAACUACUAGUGGACAUUAUUUAUUUGAGACUAUUUAUUCAUUAUUUUUUUAACUGUGUUUGUGUGUAUGAUUAUGUGGGUGUUACUGCAACAUUUGCCUUAAUGUCCAUUGUUACUCUUUUAAGUAGUACUAUACCAGUGAGAUUAGCAAAGCCUUGACCUUGGGUGGGAUGCUUCCCGUUGUACUACUAGUUUUAGUGGUGUAAAAUUAGGUUAAUAUGUCCCUCACUAUUCAAUGUCAUAAGUUACACAGAUGUGCAGUCAAUCAAUUUGAGUCCUGCAAUUUUCCUUGUUUGUUGCACUGUGAAUACCAUUAUCAAAGCAACCAAAGUAAUACCUCCUUCUAGUCAUCAUCCAGAUAUGUGAUUAUAAAACGGUGGUGAAGAGAGAGCAAGAUUGUUUCCUGUUCUCUCUCUAUUUUGUUUCACUUGAGUUGUUUCAAACAUCACAUUCAGAAAUAGGAUGUGCAGAGAGAGAGAGAGCCCUCUGGCUGUAUCUGGGAUGUCACAUAAUGGCCAAUGAAUGUAGAUAGUGAACCAGCCUCCCCUACCCCACCCACUCCUCUCCAUUAUUUAGCUGUGACUACUGCCCUAAAAAUGUCCUGUCUGGAAGACAGGGCAACAGGAUUGUUGUUCUUCUAGCAGAAGAAUGUCAUAGGCCUGACUGUAUGCAGGAAACCUCAUGUCGGUAAAGAAAUGAGUGAACAGUGAUUCAUCCUUGUAUAAUGUGCUCUAGUCUAGGUUACCCACCUUUCCUCCUUGCAUUUGUGAAUGUCAUUCAGGAUGAGAGAUGAAGGCUCCCAUUUGAAAUUAACCAUCUUAUCAGCGCAUGUAUAUGUAUGUAGGAGUCCACUCAAUAAUUUAAACAGGGAAAUAUGUAUUUCCAUUCAUUUGAAUGUGGAAUUUAGACUUUUGACUUGAAUAAUUGACUUUUUCCCUGAAUGCUAACAGCUAUGUAUUACGCUCCACUAUUUAUAAAGUCGGAGUUAAUUCCCAUGCACAUUAAACAAUGCAUUCGAUUUAAAAUUCGGAGUGUGUUCUGAAAAGAAAAUACAGGAUAGACUACUGAUGAAAAUACAAAUUCUACAUGUAAUUUUGACAUCACUUAUCAAGAUUUUGCACACUUGUUCAAGACUGAUUUAUUUUUGUUGCUUUUCAAUUGAAGCACUAAUUGUCUGUCCAUGAAGUAAACUUGUAUGCAUCUUAGUGAGAAUAUGGACUUUUUAUAGAUGGUCUGGAUGUAAAGCAAAAAUAAAAUGGAAAGGAGUUCCUA